AUGCUCGCCGCACGCGAUCAGGAGAACCGCCUGUUUGGCCACAGCGUUGGCGGCGCGGCCGGGAAGAAUCAUGCGCUGGGCCCAAAGACGCCGGGUGGCAAGAGCUUCAACACGCCGAUGAAGGUGCCUCUGAACGACGGUAAAAGUGUUCUCCGUGGACGGCAAAAUGGCGGAAACGAGAACCUGCGGACGUUGGGAAAGGGAAAGAGCAACUUGGUGACGCCGUUAGCUCGAGCACCCCUGGGCAACAAGACGACAAACGCCAAGGCACAUGCCGCACAGCAAUCCCAUAUGCAGCAGCAAAAGGGCCGGGUCGGUGGUGUCAAGGACAUCGUCCGAGAGAUCGAGCAGUCGCAACAGCAGCAGAAGACGGUCGGCCCACAGACGGGCAACCGCCGGCCAAAAGCUGCGACUCCACGUGUCAACCCGCUUAAGUUGUCGGUGUUGAGUGAUGACAACGCCCAAGACAGCAAGAGUGAUUACGAGGAAGACAUCGAGUAUGCGCCACCGCCCGUGGCUCCCCGGCCAUACGAGUCCGACGUGUUCCCCGAGGGCGUCCUCACUUUCGCCGCCUUUGAGCCCCAGAACCGCCUUCGUGGUGUCUACGACCACUAUUACAACCCCGUCGACGAGACGGACGGCGUGCCACUGCGCGAAAAGGCGUUCGCCGAGCAACAGCGGCGAGCCUUUGAAAAGCUCGACAUCCUCGUCCAAGAGGACAUGGACUCGUUCGACUGGUCCAUUGGCGACGUGCCGGCGAGCAAAGAGUACUUUGCCAACAAGCGCAAGCAGCAGCAGCAGCAGCAGCAGCAACAAACAAAGACACCCGCACCCGCAAGCACUCAGCCACCAGCGACCAUCGCCUCACGAAAGGCUGCAUCGGCUUUGGCGCUGUCCUCCAAGACCAACAAGCCUCUGGUGACAGGCACCGCUCUGCAGAAGAAGACUGCUUCCUCUGCGUCGUCCAUCUCGUCUUCGCUUUUGUCGAGCCUGCCGCUGCGCAAACCACAGACUACCACGUCGGCUCUCCCUCUGCGGCCAAAGAGCACCAAUCUCCACCAUCCCGUCGCCGAGGCGGCUUCGCGUACGACGCUGGGCUACAACAAGGGUCGCACUGCCCUAUCGAUGGUGCGCGGCAACAAUGGUGCUCCUGCGGUCCGUACGCAUACCCUGUCGACCCUCCGCUCCACAGCGCUAUCUUCGACAACUCGCCGUGCUGCCCCUACUGCGACAGAGACAACGGCUGACAACGUAGUUGCAACCCCAGCGCGUCGACCACUUCAAAUGCAGGCCAGUCUCGGUGACAUGCCCAAUGAUGGACUUGAAGGUCCGUCAGCGGCACCGAGAUCGCCAGCCUUCGUGUCCAUCUUUGAUGCGCAGGACGAUGAGAACGACAACCUGGGAAGUGCCGGGACAUUUGUGAAUGACGAUCUGGACGAUGAUUUCCAGAUGGACAUCAAGUUCUAG